CUGGACUGCAAAAGCGCCGCGCCUCGGCCCCACCCCCUGCACAAUAAUUGCAAUGCCCUUAUGUCCCAAACAUUUUCCCCCACCAAUUUGGCUGCUUUCAUUCAGUUUCUCUUUUUAUACAUUUUCAGCUCUCCUCCUGUUUCUGUUUGGUGAUCUUUUCUGGCCAUGACUGCCGGCAGAAACAUGGCCAACGUCGUCGGCGGCAAGACUGCGAGAGCCUGUGACAACUGUAUUCGGAAGCGCGCCCGGUGGUUCUGCGCCGCUGACGAUGCUUUCCUCUGCCAGGCCUGCGACGCCUCGGUGCACUCGGCAAACCCUUUAGCUCGCAGGCACGAAAGGGUUCGCCUCAAGAAUGCAUCCUCCAAGCCCUCUGUAGUUGAUUCUCCGCCUGCAUGGCACCAGGGGAUCACCCGAAAGGCCCGCACCCCUCGGCAUGGAAAGCACUGUGUUUUCCGUGCCUUAAAAUCGAAAGAACAGGCACAGAGCCGGAGCCCGAUUGUGCCCGAUCUCGGGGCAGAUGAUAUGUCUCAUGAAGAAACCGAAGAGCAGCUCCUUUAUAGGGUUCCGGUAUUCGAUCCCUUUGUGGCGGAGCUCGGCACAUCUGCGGCCUCGGAUGCAGCGGCACCGAUGGCUACUAAGGAUGCCGAUUCGGUUGGAAGCAAAUCGAAAACCGGUCCGGUACGUGAUUGUUACGGUCACGAUGACCUUGUGGAAGACUUGAAUGGUUUUCUUCCGUCCGAAAUGGAUUUGGCGGAAUUUGCUGCCGAUGUCGAGAGCUUGCUAGGUAGGGGUCUCGAACAUGAGUCCUUUGGGAUGGAGGACUUGGGGCUAUUGGAUUGUGCAGAGAAAAGGUCAAUGGAGGGUUCUUUGGGUGGUGGGAAAGUGCAGGUUAAGGAUGAAGAAGAAGGGGAAGCCAUGGCCGGAAGCCGCAUUUAUUCGGAGGUUGAUAUGACGAGAGAACCGCGGUUUGAGUUGGGAUUCGAUUACGAUUCCGUGGCGGCAAUCGACGGGGAGGAGGAGAAGAAGGCGAUAACAGGUGGUGAAGCGGGGGAUGUCAAGAGGAACAAGAAGAUAUUGUUGAGGCUGGAUUAUGAUGCUGUUAUGGCGGCUUGGGCAGGGCAAGGGUCGCCGUGGACGGGUGGGGACCGGCCGGAACUCGACCCCAAUGAUGACUGCUGGCCUGACUGCAUGGGUGGGUGUGGAAUCGAGGUUCAUCAUAACAGUACGUUGGGAGGAAUGGGUUUGCAUGGAGCCAUGGGGAACGGAGGGAGAGAAGCGAGAGUGUCGAGGUAUCGAGAGAAGCGGCGAACGAGGUUGUUCUCAAAGAAAAUAAGGUACGAGGUUCGGAAACUUAAUGCCGAGAAGAGGCCCAGAAUGAAAGGCAGGUUCGUGAAGAGGGCGUCCGCAACCUUUGUAGGAUCUGCUGCACCUUUUCCUUUGUUUACAAAAUAACUGUCAACCGCCAGAGUCUGCCGCAUGCCCCUUGCCCUCUGCAAGGAAAGUGGCAGACUGUUAAUUAUAAGCUUUUAAGGGCGACUGUAAAAAUUCGAUGGAAUAAAUAAAUUUAAGCUCAAAAGCUUUAAUUA